AUGCAUACUCCUAUCACAAAACAACUGCUCUCAGAUUACACUCAUCUAACACCAAACCACACACUUCGAAGACUCAUUCAAGCAUGGUGUACACUUAACGCUUCACAAGGAAUCCAAAGGAUUCCAACUCCAAAACCACCUAUCAACAAAACCCAAAUCACCAAACUCAUCAAACAAGCUUCUCAGUCAAAUCUCACCAUUCAGAUUAAAUGUCUCAUAACACUUAGAUCAUUUGCUUCUGGUAGUGAAACAAACAAACGUUUCAUGGAAGAUGCUGGUGUUGUUGACUUCUUAGCUUCUACUGUGGUAAACAAUAGUUGCAACAUCGAUUCCGCAUCUUUAUUAUUGUCAGAGACUAAUGUUAAUCUGGUUGAUGAAGCAUUAAGAAUACUUCAUAACCUUCAUGUAUCUGAAGCUGGAUUGAAGAAUCUACUAGCUUUCAAAAACGGUCAAUUUAUCGAGUCCUUAACAAAAGUUUUACAGAAAGGUUUCUUUGAAUCAAGAGCUUAUGCAGUUUUCUUGCUUAAAUCUAUGACAGAAGUAGCUGAACCAGUGCAGUUACUUCAUCAAAAAACCGAUUUAUUCGUGGAACUGGUGCAAGUUUUGAAGGAUCAAAUAUCACAAAAGGUAUCAAAAGCAGCCCUUCAGACACUAAUUAUCCUCUGUCCAUGUGGAAGAAAAAGAAUCAAAGGUGUUGAAGCAGGAACAGUUCUUGUCUUAAUAGAGCUUCUGUUAGAGAAUUGCAAAGACAGAAAACCAAAUGAAAUGAUGUUGCUUUUAUUGGAAUGUCUCUGUCAGUGUGCAUAA